GUACUGUAUUAGAAUGAAGUAAGGAAGGUCGACCGCUUGAAGAAGACGACAUCAAAAGAAAAAUCAAGGCCGCGAGUGCGGAAGCGAUGAUGAAAUUAUUUCUCACCUCUUCUCCGCGAUAAGAAAGGAGCUGAAGGAAAUCCCUAUAUCUUCUUCGAUCUUCGGUAUUUUUGCGUUAUUCAUCAUCCACCUGUCGUGUUGACGAUUACGUCUAAGAUAUCGAUGAAUUAUUCUUCAAAUGAGAACGUGUUAUCUGCCUUUUAAGUCUUUCUGGAAAUAAGUCGUCUGACAAAAAAACGGCGUGUAUAAACUUGAAUUAAUGCCAGUGAAGAAACUUUGUUCCAUGCAGCAAAAGCUUUUUUGAAAAAUUACUGAAAGGACUGAGAUUCAAGCGACAGAAAACUCUUGACGAAAGAGGUUAGGCUUUGUUCAGUCAAGUUGACGUCGCGAGAAUUGACAACGCUGGCGAUAUAGGCUUCAAAGUAGUUCAGCAGGAAGUAACGUUCUACAAUUGACACAACUGAAAAAAGAGUUCAGAAAGAGUCAGUUAUCUCUUGGCAUUUUAAACCAUCCUCCACCAUGGCUUACAAGCAUAUUCCUUUGUAUUUUCUAAUUGCAACGUUGGGUUUUGUUGGGCUGUUUAUCUUAUGCUGUAUCGCUAAUAUCUUGUGCCCGUAUGAAAAAAUACGCCAAGCCUUUGUCUUGUGCUGGGGAUACGAGAACCACGAAAGACAAAAGAAUAUGAAACAACGAAGGAAACUAAUAGAGGAAGAUGAAGAGGGGGGAGAAGAAACAUUCUACCUUAAAUACACAAGAACGCAUCUUAUCUAAUGACUUAAUUUUUAUGAAUAUUAAACUGGCUCAUAAACACACUUUGCCAUACUGGUACAUGUACAGGAGUUAUAAAGAUUUUGUUUCAAGAAAUUGUCAAAUUGCAUCGUGAGCUAAUUGACUGGUAAUUUCUUUGUCGAGGAUGCCGAGCAAACCGGCAGAAAAUUUAAAAUCGCCAUAAACUUUCAUAUCAUCAUGAUAAACUGGCUGUUAUCAGGUACGUUGUAGUAACACUUUAGUCUGAAUUUCACUGCGUUCAGUUGAACGAGACAUGAUAGCGAGUUCGUGAUCGGUUCUCGACGUUCAGAACCAGUAAUUAAUGAUCGUGAAUUACGUACAGCCUAUGGAAUUUAACGGCAAGAAAACUAUUAUUAUAAUCAGCAUGGAGUUGUUACUGAUCAUGAAAAAACCUGCUACCGUGAAUGAUCAAAAACACGCAAAGUACAUUAGUUAUGACUGCAUCAGUCAAGUGCAACUUAACGAGGAGGAAGUGCAAGUCAACGAGGAUCAAUCUCAGCAACCCUAUUAUAAGUAUUAAAGGAGAAUAACAGUUACUUUCGAGUGGUUACAACAAAACCAGCUGCCGUGAAAUAAAACUGAGGAGGUAUGACGAGAGACACGGAAGCUAAGAAUGGCCACGUGGAAGUUAUUAAGGUGUCCAUGACUGAAGAAAUUUACGGGGACAAUAUUAACAGCUUACUGCAUUGGUUUUGCGCAAUUCACGAAACAGUGUAUGUACUCCUUUAAAAAUGGCCUAUAGGUCCUAUAUCUACAUAUGAGUUGGAUAUGAGUGAGGUCAAUUAGUAUAGAUUACUAAAGAAAGAAAGACCAUAUGUAAGACAACAUCACCUGUCACUAGGAAAAGGCAAAUCCAUUUCUGGUUAGUUUUCUAUAGAGCCCAUCAAUCAUCCCUUUUUUGUACUUUAUUGGUAGCUUAUGUCCUUAUUUUAAAACAUCAACUAUGUACAUCAUGCGCGCAUUGCAUCGUUGUGUAGAGAUCAUGAUAAUAUGCACAACUGGUUAUUUCAAUCCGUACCAAAGAUUUUUCAAUUAAGAAAAGCCGGAUUAAUUGAUUUUUGUUAAAUUUACUUUCAAAGAAAUGUAACAUUGAAAAAGGCUUGAGAAAAUUUCAUAGUGAAAUUGCAGAAGCUUUGAAUACUGUCUAAUUAUCUCGUUAUGGGAUACCUGUUUCUUUUAAUGAUUAUGACAUCAUUCUAGCCUCACUUCCAUUUUAGCGUUGCCAUGGAGAUUUUGACAGAGCCCAAAAAAUUUCGAGAGUUUGAGACGUGCUGACCGAUUGCUGUUAAAAAAAGAUCUUAAAAGCUUUUAUCUGUAUUAAAAUAUUGAAAACCUCUGCUCAUUCCAAGGUCACAAAGGGCAGCCAAACAGGAAUUGUCAGUAUGAAACUCGGAUGAGAGGCUGUAGGUUCUCAAACCAAGAAGCAUGCUAGCGCCAGCUGAUGUCGUGGCCGAGGCGAGAGAACAUAGUGUUAAUCUGUGCUCUAUAGGGACAGUAACACAGUUAUGCGCCCAGGUGCCAGCCGAAACAAGAGACUCAAAUUGCAAAGGAAGAAUGAAAAGUCUUCUUCUUUUGAUUGGAUUUAUGUGCAUUGUCAGUUGCUUCGUAUUUGCUUCCAUGGGCUACAUCGAACUCAAGAGUUGUCCUCCUGGUUCAAAAGAACCCGAUACUAAUAAUUGCAAAGAAGACUCGAGCCAGUUUAAACUGGCGCAGAAUUAUAGACUAUCUGCGGCUCUCCUUUUCAUUUUAGGCAUCUGUAUUAUCGUAGUAUUUAUAUGGAUGGUGAAAAAGGAUAAUCGUGGGCAACAGUAUGUUGUUAGGACGGACGUUGUCGUGUCCGAUGUGACAGAAGAAGGCUUGCUAAAAACACCAGCUCCUGAACUACCCCAUCCUCGCUCUCAACUCCAUCGUAUAGUAUACGAGGAAAUAUCCGAAUCAAGUCAAAACGAUUUGCCACACUACGAAUCUGCUUUAAAACUGAAUAAAGAAACAAAUCAGAGAAGACCUAGCGUUACAUGUUCGUGCGAAAUGCUCAGCCUUAAGGGUGUUGUUAUGGAAAGUGUAAGCGUUCAGGUUGACGAGGACGAUAUAAACCCUCCACCUUCGUAUUCUCAGGCUUUAUUACAUGAAGUAGAUGAAGGACAAGAAAACUUAGAAGAACGAGAAAACUUAGAAGGGCAAAAUCACGAAGAACUAGAUAAUGGAUGAGUAAAAAAAAGUCACGUUGACAAUGGGAUAAAAGAAUAAGCGAAUGGCGUGCGAUCACGCUGCUGAUCACGUGAUAAUGUCACCUCACCGCGUGGCAGCUCAAGGUCUGGGUUAUGGAAUAACAUUAUUCAUGAAAGAAUGUUUUAACCUAGGAUCGAAUAACAUCGUCUGACACAUUUGAAAAACAGAUCAAGUAUUUGAUGGUUUCAUUUGUGGCACGACAGAAAUUUAAAGAAAUCAUGAAGGAGAAAAGUGGUGUUACUUGGAUAGAAAAAGAAGGAAUCAAAACUCUGUAUUGUUAAUACAGCAUAAUUCAAGCCAUUAAAUCAAAACAAAAAAACUUAAUUAGCUAUUGAUUAUGGCCAAUAUUUACUAAUGGUUAUUAAGGCCAUGACUUUCUACGCACGUACUGUAGAAUAAGGUUUGCCAUCUUUGAAUUUUUCUUUACUUUCUAAGCUACUACCGAAUAUAUCAAAAGCUGUCUUCAGUUGAUAUGGAAAUAAUUUCUUUAUAAGGAUCCUUUUAGAAGACAAAACAAACCCCACAAGCAUCAACAGAAAAUAAUAUUGAAUCAAAGCCAACUGAGCUCUCUAAAAAAAAUUUUUUUAACUUUUCAGUGUAUAAUAGAAUUGAAUUUGGAAAACGUUAUUUGGCAAGUGAUGAGCUCUCUAAAAAAAUUUUUUUUUAAUUCUUCAGUGUAGAGUAGAAUUGAAUUUGGAAAUAGUUAUUUAGCACACAAAAAAAAUUAUUUAUGUGGAUAUAUAGAAAUGAUUUGAGAUUUUCUUUGAGCCCAGUUUCUUGUCGGUAUUUAUUAGUUAUGAUUUUGGAAGAGAGAGAAAAAAUAAUGUAGAAACUGGAGAAAGGGAAAAAGCUAUAUUAUGCAAUUGAAAUGUGAAAUUAACUGAAUGAAGUAUUUUUCAAUCUUUAAGUUUUACACAAGGGAAGCUUUCAAAAAGCAAUUUAAUUAAGUGUUUUAACAGAAUGCAUGAAUUGAGCUUUUCUGCUUUCAUACUAGCUAACAUCAUCUAUUGUAUCAAUGCAUUCGUGAUUUUAAUAAGCAGUUAGGGGUAUAACAGGCAUAUUUCCAGAAAAUAUAUUUCCAGUUUUAGAGUUCUGAAAAACGUUUUUAAAAGCUGCCAGAAUUGCAACAUUUGUGGUCAAAAACACACAUUGAUGUAUAUGGUUAUGACUACUGCUUUUUGAAAGUAGGAUGGAUAAAAUGAGGUAUGAUCUUUAUACAUAUUUAAGAUUUGAUUAGAACUGUGGAAAACUUUCUUGGAAAGAUAGCUUGGAAAUAAAAUUUUAAGGAGUAUAUAUAAA